AUGCCUAUCCAACUGCACAUAACGGACAAUACUUUACCCCGAUCCAUACCAAAUAAUUAUCAUCCUAAAAUCAUCUCAGAUCUAUUCAAUUUACCAACUUCUUUCAACAACAACAAUAAAUUUUCUACAGCAGUUCCAUCUUCAUUAAGGAAGAAUGGCAAUAACUCGAAUGAUGUUCAACCGUUCAGUGCUUAUCAAAUCACUCGUCGUCAGCCGCGAAAAUAUCGACAAGUAAUUCGUUUACCCGAUCCGGAACCAGUCUAUCGAACAGUACAUCGUCGAAUGCCCACGCCUGAGCGACUAGUAAUUAGCAAAACAAUAAUUCAAAAACAAAAUGCUAACAUUAUUGAACGUGUGCAAUCACCAAAGAAAAAGCGAAAAAAUAAUCGAUUUAAUCAAAAAUGA